GUGCAUCCCCCUGAGAAUCAAGCACUGUUUACUGUAAAACCGCCACAGCAUAUCGACGAGGAGAUUCUCUCGCGAUAGUCGUUCGCCUACUUUUCCGCUGAAUUCUCGGCUUUUCGGUUCUGCUCCGCAGAGUGGCUCAUUCGGUUUUUUGGCUAACAUAAAACGGGUGUGUUAACAUAUUAACGGUGACGUCCUCUUUGGGGGGAAGCAAAAAAAAGGAAAGGUAUAUCGUAGCACAAUUCUUAGCUGGAACUGCCACCAAGAACACAGAAUCAGCGAAUACCGAGUAGGAGGAAGAACCUGCGAUCGACACCUGCUGGACAGAUGUUCUAUUCCGGAAAGGUCCAGUGACGGAAAUCAUAGAAAAGUGAAAUAAAUGUGAUUGGUUAACCAGAUUGUGGGAAUCUCUCCGAAAAGUGGUGUCCGAUUCAAGCAGGCGGUGAAAAAAGUGCUGAUCAAAGAUGGAAAGCGAAACCAGCUGAAGUGGGUGGAAAAGUUAAAUGUGAAAAAUCGAAAAUCAAGUGAACGAAAAAAAAAAUAAAGGAAAACUGUUGAGAUGAAAAAGGUCUAGAGUGAAAAUACAACACACAUUCACACACGCAAAUACGUUCGCGAAUCCCAGCAGAGUGUCUGAAGCAAGAAGAGAAAACGGUCCGAACACAUCGAAAGGACGCAAUCGGGGAGUGCGAAAGGAUUACACUUUUUUUUUUUGUUGUUGCUCACUUUCUCUCACGCACGUUCGUCCUCGUUUCGCUUGACGCUCGAGUGAGAAACAGUAGUGUAGUGUGCUGUGUGGUGUAGUGGUAGUGGUCUCUUAGUGUUCGAUCCAUUCCUGGUGAGAAGGAUUAAACAACGUAACAGGCCAUCGCCUCGCAGUCUCGUGGAGUGUCAAGAGUGGCUGCUCGUGUAUUCCGAGAGCACUCUCUCUCUCACACAUUUUUGCACACCCUUGCUGGAAAGUCGAGAGGAAGAACGGAAAAGGAUUUAAAUUUCACACGCUUUGGCGUCUAGCAGCAAGUGCAGGAUUUUAAUGCGGAGCAGCUGUAACUAAAACAUAACUCGACUGGGGCGUUACUGAGAAGGUGACACUGAGACCACCGAAACCAGAGAGAGAGUGCAAUGGCGACGAUGCGUUAGCAUAGUGACUAUGGGAUCAGAGGCAUGGGCAUGUGCGUGGACCCUGGGGCUUUCCGGUGGUGUCAGGCAUUGAGCCGGUCGCAAUCGCUAACCACAACAACACAACCAGCAGCAUCAGCAUCAACCACAGCCACUUCCUGUGGCACCAGAGCCAGGGAAGCACCUGUACCAACAGUCAGCAGUAGCAGCAGUAGUAGCAACGGCAGUCAGCAAACCAACUGUCGACAUGUGUCCAGUUUCCACAAUGCGAAGGUACGCCGAAGUUUAAACGCAACAAUAUUCAUCAAGAAGAAGCAACCAGCGGCGGCGGCAUCAGCAGCGACUACAAACCAACCAACAGAUUCUAAAAGGAAAUCAGUUAGCGAAAAUACAGGCAGCAACGAUUACUUCUUGAACCACUACGGUAAUAGUUAUAAUAGAAGAAGCAGCGGCGGCGGCAGCGGCAACGGUAGCAGUUACAGUAGCAUACACACUAGAGAAGCGAAUAGCAGUAGCAAUUUCGAGAGGGCCCUAGCGCCACGACGGAGAAACCUUAGUCUUAGCACCAACAAAUUGAACGAACACUACAGCUGCAGUGCGGCAGCGUUGAACUGGCUGAUCUCAUCGUUCGUACUACUCCUUUGCAUUACUCUAUGCACUAGUUCAAUUAGUCCUCCUGCCCCCCAGGAUGCUGUUCACAUUACCGCCAUUCUUGGCGAGAGCGUUGUGUUCAACUGUCACGUCGAGUUCCCCGGCGAUCAUCCCGUUCCCUAUGUCUUGCAAUGGGAGAAGAAGGUGAGCGAAACGGGUCAGGAAAUUCCAAUCUACAUCUGGUACGAGAGCUACCCGACACACAGCGGCGAGGGAUACGAGGGACGCGUUUCGAGAGUAUCGCCGGAAUCAAACUUUGGCGCGGCUUCACUCAAUCUUACUAACAUCCGUGAAGCCGACCAGGGCUGGUACGAGUGUAAAGUAGUGUUCCUGAAUCGGCCACCCAAGCAGCACAAGAACGGCACCUGGUUUCAUCUGGACGUACACGCCCCUCCGCGUUUCAGCGUUACGCCGGAGGACAUCAUUUACGUUAAUUUAGGCGAUUCUAUCAUAUUAAACUGCCAGGCAGAUGGCACCCCAACACCAGAGAUUCUGUGGUACAAGGAUGCCAAUCCAGUGGAUCCGUCUUCUACUGUUGGCAUCUUCAACGAUGGCACCGAGCUACGGAUUAGCACGAUCCGACACGAAGACAUCGGCGACUACACGUGUAUCGCGCGCAAUGGUGAGGGACAAGUCUCCCAUACUGCCCGUGUUAUAAUAGCGGGCGGCGCUGUAAUCAUGGUGCCGCCCACUAACCAAACGAAACUGGAAGGCGAGAAGGUGCAGUUUACAUGCGAAGCGAAAGCAAUGCCCGGGAACGUCACUGUGAGGUGGUUCCGCGAGGGUUCACCGGUACGGGAGGUGGCCGCACUCGAGACGCGCGUCACGAUCAGAAAGGAUGGGUCCCUCAUCAUCAAUCCGGUCAGUGCCGACGACUCCGGCAUGUACACGUGUGAGGUGUCAAACGGCAUCGGAGAACCACAAAGUGCUUCGGCUUUUUUAAAUAUAGAGUAUCCUGCCAAAGUGACCUUCACCCCAACAAUACAAUACUUACCGUUUCGUUUAGCUGGUGUUGUACAAUGCUAUAUAAAAGCAAAUCCUCCUCUACAAUAUGUAACAUGGACCAAAGAUAAAAGAUUACUGGAACCUUAUCAAACAAAAGACAUAGUUAUAAUGAACAACGGCUCGUUACUGUUCACCCGGGUCAACCAGAACCAUCAGGGUCGAUACACCUGUACGCCGUACAACGCGCAGGGGACCCAGGGUUCGUCCGGCGCGAUGGAAGUUUUAGUACGGAAACCGCCAGCAUUCACGAUCGAACCAGAUCCGCUGUACCAGCGGAAGGUUGGUGAGUCGGUAGAAAUGCACUGUGACGCACAGGAAGCAGAGGGUACAUCCAAGCCAACCAUCACCUGGCAGCGACGAGAUGGUCAACCUCUGCAGAAGAACCGGGUUCGAAUUAUGAACGGUAACAUUACGAUAGAGAACCUCCGACGGUCGGACUUUGGCUACUACCAGUGUGUAGCAUCCAACGAGGUAGCCACAAUCGUUUCGGCCACGCAGCUAGUGAUAGAGGGUACUCAGCCCCAUGCUCCGUAUAAUCUCACUGGAACGGCGACAGAGUUCUCGGUAACUCUUGCCUGGAUGCCAGGCUACAGCGGAGGUCCGGAUUACAAGCAAGAUUAUACCAUCUGGUAUCGUGAGGCCGGUGUUUCCGAUUGGUCCACGAUUCCCGUUACGCCCUCGGGGAGCACACAGGUAACGAUCAAUCGACUAUCGCCGGGGACGACGUACGAGUUCCAGGUGAUCGGGAAGAAUGCUCUCGGUGAUGGAAUGAUGAGUAAGGUGAUAACGAUACGGACGCUUGACAUUCUAAAUUAUCACAAUAUUUUAUUCCCAACCGAUUCAUCUGGGUCAACAUUUUUUCCUCCUGUUUUUAGACCGACAGGCCCAAAGCCUGGUCAGCCACGCAACGUUACCGUGCUGGAGAUCUCAAACGGCUUCCUCAUCCAGUGGCAGGUUCCACUCGAGCGGGCCCAUUUGGUGCAGUUUUACACGAUCAAGUACCGCACGGACGCCCAGUGGAAGACCCUGAACCGGGGCCAGAUUCGACCCGAGGAGACGUCCUACCUGGUGAAGAAUCUGGUCGGUGGUCGGACGUACUACUUCCGGGUGUUGGCCAAUUCGCUCAAGAGCUACGAAACGAGUGAGGAGAUUAAGUUCCCCGUGCCGGCCCGGGUUAAGCAUAAAGCCAUCACGGCCGGUGUCGUCGGGGGAAUACUGUUCUUCAUCGUAGCCAUCAUUCUGUCGAUCUGCGCCGUCAAGAUCUGCAAUAAGCGCAAGCGCAGAAAACAGGAAAAAGAACUCAACAUGGUAACAGCGCGAAUCACGGACCGGAAUGCCCUAAGCCAGCCGGUGCCUUUGAGGAGAUAUUUACAAAGAGAAAGCAAAGUUAGCAGACUACCCGGCUUGAGUAUCCUGAUUGCCAUUCUUCACUGGAUUUGGCCACCAGGGAGAUGUCAGAACUGUGACAGCAUCUAUUCGAAUAAAUUUUCCGGAGACAGUGGGAAAAAUCUCGACCAGAUCCAUCGUUCACCGGACGGACGAUUUGUGCUACCCCAGGAUGCUGUCGAUGGGAUCGUAUCGUUGAGAAAUAGUAUUGUUUCAUACUAUAGCAGUAGUGAUGACGGGGGUUUUCUACCGAAGAGGUUGUCGUUGACGAGAGCGUCGUGGAGGAAACCACUGGUGACCUGCCCAAGUCAGUUAAGUUUACGUACUGAGGAUGGUUUCGCAGUGGCUGAGCCACAUCAGCCACCACAAUCUUUAUACACCAAUACGAUGCUGGAUAAUUUGCAUCUCAAUACAAUUAGUUCCAGUGUACCUGCCACAAUGGUGACGCAGUCGCUCUAUACGACUCCUUCUAGAGUUUCCAAGGUGAUAGCCAGCUCACCAGCAACCUCAAGCCCACAAGUCGUUAACUCGCCAUGGUCACCGCUUUAUUUUAGUGAUCUCAGUUCCGUACAUCAUCUCAGUUCAGCGGAUCGAUCGUAUCCGACACCACAGAGCGCUGCAUCUAUGCCCCGUUACCAUUAUAACAGUGAACUACCAAUCCUGAGUGGUUUACAGAACAGUUCGCGACAGCUGUCGCACAGUUUUAUCCCAGUUCACGUGCCCUCUUCGAGGCACUAUCAACAGAACAUUUAUCAAAAUGUACCUUUUCAUAAUCACACGUACGGCAAUAGGCCGAAGUUCUCACGAUACCAUCCACGGCUGAUGCCAAGGAGCUUGACGAGGGCAAUACCAGAACUACGAUCUCCAAUUUUGAACCUCAACCUGAGUACAACCCCUCUGAGCGCAGCACUGGAAGUCUCUCCGCAGAGUUACUCCAGUUCCAGUGGUUUCGGCAGUAAAAACACUUCCAACAACACCCAGCAUAACACUAGCUUCCAAGUGAGCAACAAUCUGCUGAGAGAAUGGCGCUAUCUGCCGCCAUAUCGACCACCACCUCCCCCUCCGAGCUUGCAUCACGCCGCGCCACUGUCAUUUGCAGGAGGGCGGUUCGAUCAUCCACCCUACUCGAUGUCCCACUGGUUGGAGCUCAUCACAAGGCUGAACAUCGCCUCGGAGAAGGCCAAUAUCAAUAAUGCGGCGGAUGUGGGCAGCGUCGAUGGUCAUUACGAGUUCGAUCCUUCGACACCCACUCCGACGGCUUCUACACCGACGGGAAUCAUGAGGGACGACUUCCUGAUGACACUUCCAUCGACCUCGAAUGAUCUACUGUGGAACGCAGCCGGAUUGUCGCUAACAGGAACCAAUCCUGGUGCGAUGACUUUGGGUGGUGGUGGUGUUGGUCGAAAGCGUGGCCAGUCCCGUUACGAUAAUAUCGACGAAAGGGUCCAGUCCAUGAAGGAGGAAUUCUACGAGUGGAGGAAACGACAGCAGCAGCAUCAUGGCAGGAUCAUCGAGCUGGAAAGUUCUUGCUGACAAGAAGGGGAGGGGGAACAUAGUAAGUUAAUAAGAGGAAGGACUCCGCAAAGGCAUUUUAGGGUGUCCUAUUUCCCAAAUCAAUCGCGCUGAUUGUGUGCUUAAAUACAAGACUCGACUUAUCCAAUAACUAUAGCAAUAUCUAAUUAACUGAGUGCGAUUUCCUGGAAGAGCGCGCAGAUUAUAAUUAAUUACGAUUACCAGUGAUGAGAGCAGCAACGCGCGCACGCAAAGGUCGACUCGAGGCAAAGAAUUAAACACACGUGUUAAAGAAUUUUAUAAUAGUUAUGUAAAAAAAAUUGAAUGAUUGUGAUUUAAGUAGACAUUGAACAAACAAAACAAAACAAAAAAAAUAGCUGUGAAUGAUAGGUCGAAUUUCGUAAGAAGCGAAAUAAAAAGGGAAGGAACUGGUGUAAAAGAAGCAGCGUUAUGAUAAAAACCAAUCUAGGAAAUAACAAUGAAUCAUGCACGCCAUAAUCGAAUACUUGCAGCAAAAGUAAAACAGACACAGACACAAAAAACACACUUGAAAGUCGGUAAUCUUAGCAAAUUGUUUCUCACGAAAAUGGAAAACCUGGAAAAAAAGAGGUGGAGAGCACAUUGAUGAGGGGAGCCCAGACGGAAGGACGGGAGGAACUCUGUUCUCAUGGUUUUAUCGGAAAUCGAAGGGGAAGGAAGAAUAAGGAAGGGUACUUGGCCUCACGCACGCAUUCCUCGUUAGACUAAGUAGACACAAGAGAUCUUUCCGAUUGAUGGAGGUAUUGUUACGAUGUCGGCAGGUAGCGUUUCGAUUACUGUAGUAACGUUACUUUUGGUUCGAAGGCAAAAUAUAACGAUUUUUUUGUAUGUUUGGUUUGAUUACUUUUUACUAAAAUUUCUGUGGGAAAUUUUUUUGAAAUGGUAACCAUACAGUCGGAAUCUACAGUGGGAUUCGAUUGAUUCGACUGAAUUUAUUUCACUCCUUAAGAUAAUGACAGAAACAAUGGAUUCAUUUUGGCAGUUUACUAAUUUCUUCCUGCCUGGGAUAAACGCAACAUCAGCCAAUUGGAGACAUUAUAUUAAUAGAAAUAAAACAAAUCAAGUAUCUCAACUAAGUGAUUCCACUCCAAUCCGUAGUUGGAACGGCAUGUAAUAAUCACCACGUCAGAAUAACUCCAACACAAUUCCUUCGCCAUCACGUAAUUUACUUCUCAAAUUGAUGGAAAGUUCUUUCAACGUUCGCAAGUCAUGGCGUGACUCAGACCGUAAUUUCCCAAAAAUUAAGGCGACCAAACACUGAAGCUUAAAGCCUCUAUAAUAGAAACAAUCAAUCAGAAAUUAUCCAGUACAUAUAAGUAUACCAGUCGAUUUAUUGGACCAUCUUGCAAUUUUGGUCAAAACAUUGAGAAAAAAAUGAAGACCUUUUUGAAUUAGGUUCUUUCAAAGUUUUAAGUAUAUAAAUUUCUAUAAAAAAAACUAGUGAAAUCAAUAUGGUAACGGUAAUUCGCAGACAGUCACGAGCUGUAAAUUCAAACGUUUUCUGUUAACGUUAUGAGAUCCGGUAGGGAAUUCGAGACGGAAUAAAUAGCGAAGGGUAGGGGAAGUAGGGGUAAGACGGACAGGUUUGAAAUUUCGAUUAUAUCAUUAAAAACUUAUGUUUUUCAAAACUUAACUGGAGUAUUUGCAGUUCAAUAUACUGUUUUUCGAAUGAAUCGGUGAAAGGUUUCAUAAAAAUGUGUUUUCCAUUUUUUUCACUGAAAUGAAAACAGACCGAGAAGCUGGGCUUUUUCUUGAGGCGAAGGUAUAACGGACACAUGAUGGGAAGAAUAUGGACUGGUAAAAUAAUACGCGAGGCGUAGAAGUUUAUCUAUCGCGAUUAUUUCAGCGAUGUCCUGAAUUCAUUUCGAAUGUUGAAAAACUGAAUUAAAUCACGUAGAAGUGUUAUUUAUCAUAUCACGGAACAUGUUCAUCCUAUAAAUCCGAAACCCGUCAAGUGUUGUUUAUUUAUUCCAUUAGUGUUUUAUAAAAUGGAGAUUUUUUAAUAAAACUUGUUAUAUGCAAAUCAAUCUGGACAUUUCUUGAAAACCCAUCUACAAUAAUGUAAAAUAAGUACAGAUAGGCACAUUUGCUUAGAUCGGCGAAUUUGAAAUAAGAGUAGGGGUUUGGGCAAGUUUAUAGUCUCGAUUUUAUGAGAAGAGACGAAUGAAUGUAUUCAAUUCCCGUGAUUGUAUAAAAUUGACUUAAUUUAAAAUGGACAUUUAAAAUGAGGAAAAUAGAUUCAUAUUUUCAAGCAGAUUUGGAGCCAAGGUCAAUAAAUAAAGACGCUACAUCCCUAUUGAAUUGAAAAGAGCCAAUAUAUUCUGACAUUCUCAGUUUGUGAUCUCCAGAGACAGUUCCAAUUGAAGAUUUUUCACCUUUCACAUUUUAGAACGAAAACACGCCAAAGCAGCAAAGUGAUAACCAACCGAUUUGUACAUAUUUCAAUUGAUAUUGGUUGACUUUCGAAUGAACGUAAUUCAAAAAUUGUUCCCACGAUCCUUUAGAGAUUGCGGCCAGGGUUGCAGGAUGGUUCAACGAAUCGAUUGGUACACACCGAAUUCAAGGGGAGCUUUCUUUCAAAAAUGAUGAUCUAGGGAGCACCGUGCGAAAGCGACAAGAAACAUCUUUCCGUCACUUCCAUUCUCCGUACACAGAACCUCAAAUGAAUCAAGAAUUAAGGCGGAAGUGAGCAAGUGAACUCUUUCAGUGGACCUGACUCGUACGUUCUGUCUCUAGGAAUCACUAAAACACGGCACCCAGCUUCACUGCGGCUGCCGGAAUUUCAUUCUUCCGCACUCCGUUCGCUGUUCACAGAACCAAACAUACACACACGCCGCCCUCAGAACAGAAACAGCGCGAUCAAAUCUGAAAUGAGUGAAUCUUACGAGAUCAACACAAGCAACACGUAAAAAACGUAAAAUAAGUAGGCAUAAUAUCAAUAUUUAAUGUUCUUGAAAACCAACAAUAUUCACAACACAAAUAUAUACAACAAGGAAAGAAAAAAACACAUAAUAAUAAUUGAAGAAGUAAGAUAAUUUUAAUAAAAUUCAAACCAAUUUCCCGCAGUGGUGGGAGUGGGGGGUGACUGGGAGAGGGAUUCCAUUGGUUGAAAUGACUAACGCACAGCUUCGGAUCAAGCAUGGUAUCCCCCUCUCUCUCUCUGCUUUCCAUCGGCGGUGAAACACAUUCAUUCUAAAUUAGGCGAAGGCACGAAACAGAUAAACAUGGAACCCAAGAAAAGGAGAAAACAAAAAUUCGAUAUUGAAUACAUUAAUAAAUUAUAAGUAAGUACUAAAAGAAAUAAACACUAAGAACGAAAAUUCAAGAAGAAGAAAAACGAAGUGAUUAGGUAUAGUAAUUUUCUGGUGCAGAAAAUAGAAACCGCACCGCGAAUAUUCACACUGUGUGGAAUAACGCAAGAAUGAAUUAUAGUUUAAUGAUUAUUUUACUUGAGAUCAGAUCUUAUCAUAAGCGACGUAGUUGAUAAGUAAAUGAAAAAGCAGUAAACUCUAGUAGAGAAUAGACGAUCUAAGGAAGAAAACAAAACAAGAAAAAAACGAAAAUCAAUGAGAUUAGCAUUUUUUUGUUUCGCUGUAAAAUACAAUUGACGAAGAGUAUGUUUUCUUUUUGUUAUCUUCCGUUUAUAUACAUUCAUUUGGAAUGUCAUUUAUGCUUGUUAAUUUUUGAUUAACAAUACAUUUUUUUCCUUUAGUGUGGAAGUUAUAUUCGGUUCCGUACAUAUAAUCUUGUAAGAUAGAUUAUUCUGCGCAGAUAAAGUCUGAUUAUUGAAUCUCUUAUUAUUGUGUGUGCGAAGGUACAUUCCAAAGAUUGUUUUAGUAUAUAUAAAUUCACUAUUUCUAACAGACAACUCACGUUCAGUAACUUUCUUGAAUCGUUCACAAGAAAACUAGAACAAAUUUUCGAAUAUAUAAGUAUAUAAAUCCUGUUGGUAGUUAUAAUUAAUCUUAUAAUUCUUAUCAAAAUCUUAUUGAGAUUGAAGGUAAUGAGAAAGAUUGUCACAAUUGAAUGCUAAAUAAGUAAGCACACAUUCAGACAAAUAAAAAAGCAACACAACAAUACAGAAAUCAACCACAAAAGUCAUGCUGUCACAAUUGAACAAAAAACUAAAGUUCCACACGAGGCAUUUGAUUUUGGUUUGUGUGGAAUUGUUUUCGCUCGAUUGUUAAUUACAGUAGAUAUACACAUCCACUUUCUUCAUUUCUUUUCUCGUCCCAUUUCCACCAAAUUUACACACACUAACCGAUUGCCGUACGAGCAAGCGGUGCAAACUGGUUUCAGUAAUGAUGACUAGAAAAAUCCAAAAAAAGGAGAAACGAUCGAAACAGCAGCAACAAAAUUCCCUAUUAACGUAAGACAAGUAGUGCUACUCACACAAAACCACACACUCCCACGCAAGCUAUAGUAUUUGGGGAAACAAAAUACAGAAAAAAAAAUCAACCAAAAUAAUGCGAAAUUCUAGAACACACGUAAAUCUGAAACUCAAGAAAAAAACCGUAGUCUCGAGUCACAAGACGACGCAAAAAAAACAAUGUAAAUAGUUUUUGUUCCGAUUUCAAUUAUUUCUCUGAAGCAAACAAGCAAACACUUUCUCUUACUCUAUCUCUAGAGCAAACACAAACAAAUAAAAUAAAACACAGAAACAAAAGAAAAAUGAAAGUGAAAACACACAGAGAGGGAGACAUUCCAUUAGCUUCUAGUUUGUAUCGAGUAAGAAUUAGAAAUGAAAAAAAAACAAAUAAACCACAUAAAAAGUACGAAAGUAAGAAAAAGGGUUCGAGUCGAAUUUCCGAAGGAAAAUGCAACAUGCGAACUCGGGGAAAGUGUAAACAACAGCGCAAGGCGACAAAUAUUGUUUCCGAGAGGAUCAUUUUUCGGUAUCAUAAAUACCCGGGCAAUCUUUUGUAAGAUUCGACAAGAAAACAGGAAACCUCGACUUCUCAUUCUGUUUAUGUAGAAUAGCAAUGGCAAUCGUUGCUUAAUGUAAGUUUAUAAGUAGGAAAAAAAACAAACAAACAAACAAAAAAUAUGGAAACGAGGCAAAUUACACGAUGCAAAUCUUUUCCGCGGUUUUAUUUUUAAGCAGAGAAUAACAAAUAUUAUAGAAACGAGAUUGACUAUUUAUUACAGUUAAGUUUCUUUAUUUAUUCUAUUCGAUUUGGAUUUUUUUCUCGAAUAUUAUUAUUUUUUAUUUCGAAGGUUAGUUUGUACAUUUCAAAAUGCGUAUGAUUUUUACAAAAGUGAAUAAAACAUAAAAAUUA